CUUUCCUCUUGUCCUCUUGGGACUGACGUAUCCUCUCUCCAUCACUCAUUAUCACACCAGUGAAAGUGUGUGUGUGUGAUGUGAGCGUCUCUACAGGACACACACACACACUUGCGCCGGUGCGGAGAAACAGGACAGGUAAAUGGAUCCAAUGCAGCCCAUUCAGAGCUGCCCAAUGCCGGACAAACAUACUGGAGUUCUAGGACUCCACAAACCACCAGUCCCAGUCCUGCUUGGAAACCCUUGUAAAGUGGCCGCAUCCUCACACUGCCAGAUGGUCUUGACUGGAAACCCACCAGUGUCGGGACAGAUCCUGGCACUGCAGACGAACCCAGCUGUUCAGGAGAGAACCAGACCAGACUCCAAUGCACAAACCAUAAAUUGCAUCAGCAUCAGUCGACCCAGGCCUACGGCACUUGGGACCAAGGCAUCGAUCAAAGUCUCCAGACCCACUGAGCCUCCAUUGCAGGUUAAGGCCACAGGAACACCCAACUUCUUGUCACAUUCCCCAACCGAGUCGCCAUUGCCUUAUUGCAGCCCCCAAAUCCCGCUUAGCCCCACUUCUCAACUUGGUUUCAACCCCCCAUCCAUUCCCCCAACACUUCCAAGCCCUCCAUCUCAGCCCAUCCGUGCUAACACACACAGUAAUCUAAUCGCCAGACCGAUCCCCAACCCAAAUCCCAGCCCCCCAUCUAACCCCAUUCCUCAACCAAUUCCAAGUCCAGAAACACAUGUACCCAACACAGGAGACACUAUUACUGACAAGAAAUUUACCAAGACCAUCAGUGAAGAGGGUGAUUUCAGAGUGCAUAUUGUCACAUGGAAUGUAGGCUCUGGUAUACCACCUGAUGACAUCACUUCCUUGUUUGGACCCGGUGUUGAAAAUGGAAGCACUGACAUGGUCGUUGUUGGACUGCAGGAAGUAAAUUCUAUGAUAAACAAGCGACUCAAAGAUGCACUCUUUACAGACCAGUGGAGUGAGCUCUGCAUGGACACACUCAGUCGUUUUGGAUACGUGUUGGUGGCAUCUCAAAGGAUGCAGGGGGUUUUCUUACUGGUGUUUUCCAAAUUCUGCCACCUUCCCUUCCUCAGAGGAGUACAAACCCAAAGCACACGCACUGGGUUGGGAGGCUACUGGGGGAAUAAAGGGGGCGUAAGUGCACGCAUGAUGGUUUUCGGACACCCUGUGUGCUUCCUCAACUGCCACCUGCCGGCUCACAUGCGUAAUCUGGAGCAGCGGAUGGAGGACUUUGAAAGCAUCCUACAGCAGCAGCAGUUCGAGGGCGGCACGGCUGUGGGCGUACUGGAUCACGAUGUGGUGUUCUGGUUUGGUGAUCUGAACUUCCGAAUCGAAGGUUAUGACAUUCACGUGGUGAAAAGUGCAAUUGAGAGUGACAAACUGCCUCUUCUGUGGGAGAAAGAUCAGCUCAACAUGGCGAAAAAAAGCGAGUCCGUUCUGGAGGGGUUCAUCGAAGGACCCCUUAAUUUCCCGCCAACUUACAAGUUUGAUGUGGGAACACAUACUUAUGACACAAGUGCAAAAAAGAGGAAGCCUGCAUGGACGGAUCGCAUCCUGUGGCGUCUGCGCAGGACGGGCUCCCCUGUACCAUCUCAUAACUCGGCACUACAACGAGGUUUGACCUCAUGGCUGGGUGGCGCCACCACAGUUUCCCAGCUCUUCUACCGCAGUCACAUGGGCUUCACUAUUAGUGAUCACAAGCCGGUGUCCGCCCUCUUCUCUUUGCAUUUUCCCUUUAAGGUAAACUUACCAUUAGUGACACUGGAAGUGGAGAAAGAAUGGACCAAGUUCUCUGAUGCUACAGCCAAACUCACAAUUAGACAUGGUUUUCAAAGGAGUUCAUGGGACUGGGUGGGACUGUACAAGGUGGGAUUUAAGCACCACAAGGACUAUGCUGCAUAUGUGUGGGCCAAAUCUGAACAUUCAACGCAGGUGACGUUUUCUGAGGAGGAUCUGCCAAGAGACCCAGGGGAAUAUCUUCUGGGAUAUUAUAGUAACAACACGAACAGCAUUGUGGGAGUGACAGAACCAUUUCAGGUGCAGCUGCCCAUGUCCACGCCUCCUGCACCAGCAUGUCGUUCUCGCUCUGACAGUUCUGACGUCAGCUCUGAAGACGACAGUACGCUGGUCCUGCUGGCCCCCUGCUCUCGUAGCCCUAGCCCUGGAAACCACGGCAGCAAACGGCAUCACCAGAAGCGCCAGCGCAGCCGCAGCCCCGCCGUACCGGCGCUCUCCGGGACGCCACUUCCCUCCCUACAAUCUCUGAGCCUGUGUCCACGUCCCCGCGAUGGCCCCACACGGAGCACCUCCCCACGCCCUUCGGCUAAUGCCAAAAAAGAGCGUCUGGUUUCUCCAGACACAUUAACCUCGCCUUCCCUCAGUCCUCUUAGUCCACGGAGCCCCGUGUCCCCCGUCAGUGCUCCGGAGGCUCUAAUAGCGGCCAUUUUAGGAGAACCUAGGCCUCCUCAGAUAGGAAAAGCAGGCGAUGUAAUUCUCUGACCAAUCCUUCCUUCCCUGUCGAUUAAUUUCUAGACUUUAGCAGACAUCAUAAUGCAACUACUUGAGAGAAACGGCCUGUUUCAGGUCGUCCUCUAGCGCCUUUCAGACCUGCAGCUGUUUGUGCUCUCAUGCCUUGUUGUGCUUAAUUGCUUCACAAACUCGUCUUCGGUUCUCAGUGGCUUUGCCAAUAGAGAUUCAACUGGUCUAUCCAUUUUGUGUUAUUUAUUAAUGAUAAAUUGUAAAUGCUGACAGUGCACAUCAGCCUUAUAGUGCAGGACAACCUGACCCAAGGUAAAACUGUCCUUUUACCAUAGAAUUAAAGCAAACAGUGAUGUCAGCAUUCAUCUCAGCCUUUACUCUUAACUAGUCAUUGACCGAGCUUUAAUGGCCAAUGUCAAGAGUUUUGUCGGUCAAUGUCAAGAGGUUUAUUGUGGACAAUUAAACUACAAUAUACUUAAAGUACUGUACUUUGAUAUCUAAAAGAAAAUUAUAGGACAUGUUUACUCCUCCCUUUUGAAGUCGAUAAUCCUAUUUAUUAAUUUAACUAUGGUUACUUGUAUUAUCUGAAUUUAGAAAACUACCAGUUGAGAACCACUGAUCUAGAGUUGAUAUGUUGUAAAUAUACAGUGCGAAAUAUGGGUUCAAAAUCUUAAAACUGGAAUCUAACAAAAAGACAUAUUUAUACAGUGUCCUCCACUAAUAUUGGCACCCUUGGUAAAUAUGAGAAAAGGUGGCUGUGAAAAUAAAUCUGCAUCAUUUAUCUUUUUGAUCUUUCAUUCAAAUUUUUCAUAAAAUUCUAACCUUCAUUAAAGUAAAACAAUGGAACGUAGGGGGGAAAUCUUUUUAUGAAAUAAAUGUUUUCUCUUGUUCACGUUGGCCACAAUUAUUAGGAUCCAAUUAUUGCAACGUCAUUUUUCCAAGAUAACAGCUCUGAGUUUUCUCUUAUAAUGCUUGAUGAGUUUUAUCAAAGACCAUUCCUUCAUACAGAUCUCUCCAGAUCCCUCAGAUUCUCAUCUCUUCUCAUUUUCUUUAGGGUUUCAGGUCAGGAAACUGGGAUGCCAAUGGCAGAACCUUCAUUUUGUUCUCAGUGAUCAAUUUUUGUGUUGAUUUUGAUGUUUGUUUUGGAUCAUUGUCCCAAAGGAAGAUCCAGUCACGGCCCAUUAUAAGAUUUCUAACAGAGACAGUCAUGUUUAGAUGUUUUAUCUGCUGGUAUUUGAUAGAAUCCAUGAUGCCAUGUAUCUGAACAAGACAUCCAAGACCUCCAGCAGAAAAAUAGGCCCACAACAUUAAACUUCCAGCAGUAUAUUUAACCUUGUGCAUGUGGUACUUUUUAUCCCUGAGUUUGCACCAAAAAGCUCUUUUUUUAGUUUCAUCUGACAAUAGAAGCCAGUGAGGAUUUUUCUUUAAACCCUCCUGACCAACAUGUGCUGAUGUAGAGGCUGUUUGAUAUUUUUUUAGGCUUUCUGACUACUUUCUAUUUUGUGAAGUCAACAAUCUUGUUCUGCACAUCAGAACUAUAUUCUUUGGUUUUGCUCCUUGUGAUGGAUGAUUAAGGGAAUUUGGCCUUUGUGUUCCUCAUAUGUAUAAUCCUGUAAAACAGGACAGUUUCAUGCUCCUAGUCACCAUGGUGUGCCAAAAAAAAUGUAAAUUUUAAUAGGAAUAUACUUCAGAGAUAUUUUACUCAUAAGAAUUUCUGGGGGCGCCAAUAAUUAUGGCCAACAUGCAUUGGAGAAAAACAUUUAUUUCAUAAUGAGAUUUUCCUCCCACUUUCAAUUGCUUUACUUCAAUGAAAGGUCACAGCCGCCAUUGCUCAUAUUUACCAAGGGUGCCAAUAUUAGUGGAGAGAACUGUAUAUAAGAAAAUACUGACUUUAUAUUUGUAUAAGUGUAGAUAUAGGCUACACCACCAUUCAAGAGCUUUAGGUUAGUAAGAUUUUUGUUACUGCUGUUGUUUUAAAAGAAAUUAAUACUUUUAUUCAGCAAAGAUGCAUUACGUUAAUGAAAGCGAUACUAAAGACAUGUGACCCUGGACCACAAAACCAGAAAUUGAGAUGUAUGAAUCAUCUGAAAGCUGAAUAAAUAAGCUUUUUAUUAAUGUAUUUCUUAGGGUGAGACAAUAUUUGGCCGAGAUACAACUAUUUGAAAAUCUGGAAUCUGAAGGUGCAAAAAAAUCAAAAUAUUGAGAAAAUCACCUUUAAAAUUAGUCCAAAUUAAGUUCUUAGCAAUGCAUAUUACUAAUCAAAACUUUGUUUUACAGUAGGAAAUUUACAAAAAAUCUUCAGUGAAACAUAAUCUAUACUUAAUAUCAUAAUAAUUUUUGCAAUAAAAUAAAAAUUAUUUUUGACCCAUACAAUGUAUUUUUGGCUAUCGCUACAAAUAUACCCGUGCUAGUUACAACUGGUUUUGUGGUCCAUGGUCACAAAUAUAAUGUUACAAAAGACUUCUGUUUACACUGUUGAAUGGCCAGUGUGCAAAAGACAAAUAUAGUUUGCUAAUCAAAUCGUAGCCUGUUUACUGACAGCAAAUAAUACACAAAAGUAAUAUUUAAAUACAUUUUAAACUAUAUAUUAAAGACCAUUCAAAAUUCACAGAAGUUAAAAAACAAAUUGACAAGAUAAAAAACAUUCAGUACAGGUAAUUAGACACAGAUAAUUUAAAAUGAUACAUCGCUGAUACAUCGUUCUAUCACUGCUAUUAACAGGUGAUGUCAUAAUAAACUGGUCUAGUAGUAUAUGAGUACACACAUGCCAGGUUUGGCACAUACUAUGAGACUACCUUCCAAGAUUUUAGAAGUUAUUCAUUAACACCCAUCAUGCUUUGCUGAUGUUUUGUCAAGCCAACAGCCUCUCCUGAAACAGAGCAAACCUUUGACAGGAGCAUCUGACUGGAGACAACCAAUCACAUCAGCUCUGCUCAUUUAUAGCAUUUGGUGUAAUUAUUUGAUCAUGUGUGUUGUGUGUGAACACAUGGACUAUGGAAAAAUGCACACCUCAAGGACAUUUAGCAAAGUUACAUAAAUAUCAUGACUGUCUGCCCUUUAAAUGGAGGAGAUGGUAAAAUGUAACUGUCUUGGACUGAAAGUGUAAAGAUUUUAUCAGCACAUCACUGCAAAUAUAACAAAAAAAGUCCUGCUUUGGCACAUCUUUUCUUCUGUAUUCUCUCAUCAUGUUUUUAACAGUACAGAUCAAAUGUUAAUGGGCAGAACUGGGAUUUUACCAUCCUUUUCUUUUUAAAUUUAACCUUAUGUUAUUUGACUGGAGAGCAAAGAACACAGAGUUUGUCUAUAAUCACUGAAUUAUCGACUUUUAUUUUUUGAUCAAUUCAAAGUCAAAUGUUUUCCUGUGGUGUGAUUGUCCUCAUUAUGAACUGUGAAGUACAGAAAUGUGUCAAAACGAACAACGAGGACACAAUGCUACCAUAAAAAUAAAAGAAACCCAGUUGUCA